UUGAAGAAUCAAGUCGCAAUUUUUAACGCGCUCGUCAUUCAUCACACACAUAUUUAUCCGUGCUUCGCGUCGUCGUCGUAGACACCCACACAAAAAGUUUAUUUAUUUAUUUAUUUAUAUACGAAAAAAAAGUGCCAGUUUUUCUAAAUAUAAAUACAUUGAUCAAUUAAUUAAAGAUUGAAUCAUCUUCAAGAAAUAAAAAAAAAACUGAAAUCAUCUGCUGCUAAAACAAAAAAAAGAGAAGAAGAAGAAAAAAUCUUAAAAGUGCCUCAGAAAAUAAUAAUAUUAUUUUUGCACAAAACGCUACAAAAAUAAACAUUUUUCACGGUCAAAACUUGAAUUAAUUCCGACAUCACACAAAAAUGGCGAGAAAGCCCCAUUUAAACACUUGCUGCUGCUAUUCGCUGCGUACGGGAACAAUUAUCUCCGGCGUAAUUGGCAUCGUCUUGGCCAUUAUCAACUUGAUCUUAAUUUUCACAACGCGCGCCGAGUUCAAAACCAUCAUCAUGGACUGGCUGCCAUCGUCUGUCGUCAAAAUUAUCAUCGCCAUCAAUCUCGCCAUGACAAUUUUGAUCAGUAUUUUACUCAUUGUCGGUGCCAUGAAACGAAAUCACUAUUUGAUGUUGCCAUGGGUCAUUUUGGGCAUCAUGUUGGCAAUUGGAUUGCUUAUCUCGGUACUUUAUACGGCGAUUGUUCUGUUGAUUGACGGCUUUAUUUCGGCGGGAGUGUUGUGGAUUAUCGUUGGAUUGAUUGUUGUUGCAAUUUAUGUGUACAUGUGGGUCAUUGUCUUCAGCUACUUCUCCGAUCUUAAGGACGAAAAUGAUCGUGGACGUUACGCUAAGCAACCGUAUAGGCGAUAAAUUGGCGGAGAAAUUAAUCUUUAAUAUAUUUAAUGGAUAUUAAACCCUCUGAAUCCUUAAUUUUUAACACUUAAGAUUAUUCUUAACUUAAUUUCACUUAACGUUUAAGUUUUUUUUCAUUAAUUUAUUUUUAGUUUUUACAUUUUACAAAAUAUUAUAACAAAAAACAAACAAAUUUAAUGUUAAAAAGGGGUCUAAUAGAGAUCCAUAAGAUGUGAAAAUAAAUGUGCCUUAUUAACGUAAAAUUUUUCUUUCCAUAUUUUUAACGUUAGUUCACGCAGGGAGGCUCGUUUCAAACAUUUUUCGUA